ACAAAAUGAAAUAUUUUAUUUUCAUUGCAAUUGCUGUAGUAGUUUGUGCCACCGUACAUGGUUGGCCAAACUCUCAGUUAGUUGAAGAAGUUGAAAAUAAGUCUAAUGUCAUUGAACAUGUUGAUCGGGAUCGCAGAAGUGUUCAUCUAAACUCUCUAGAUUCUGAGAAUUCAAAUGUGGGUGGUCAGCUUCGUCGACGUCGUCCCUCUUGGGGACGCCCUGAUAAGCCAGGUUCAAAUUCUAAGCGGCGUCGCCGGCCUAACAGGAGGCCUCCUCCUCAGUCUCGGCCGUUUAAGCAGCCAUCAGAUCAGCAGCCGGGUAUACUACAGACAUUGCUUGGUUUGUUCUCCUCCUAGAGGUGCAAGGAAGGAAUUGUAUGCAGCCAAAGUGUUUUUGUUUUAUUCUAAAUAACAUAUCAUCAAAUUGUUUAUCUAAUAAAACUAGGCU